GGCCGCGCCCAUGCCGGCCCUUGGCGGUGCCCGAGCCCGGCAGCCGGUGGGCGGGCGCGGAGAGCGACAUGGCGGCGCCGCGGCCCUGCGCGGAUGGGCCCUGCUGCUCCCACCCCAGCGCGGCGCCCGGCGUGCAGCAGACGCUGGACGAGAUGGACUUCGAGAGGGGAAUCUGGUCGGCAGCCCUGAACGGAGACCUGGGCCGAGUGAAAUGUUUAAUCCAAAAGGCGGCGGACCCCAGCCAGCCUGACUCCGCAGGCUACACGGCUCUACACUAUGCCAGCCGCAAUGGGCACUACGCCGUGUGCCAGUUCCUACUGGAGAGUGGGGCCAAGUGUGAUGCCCAGACGCACGGGGGAGCCACCGCCCUGCACCGCGCCAGCUACUGCGGGCACACGGACAUUGCCCGGCUCCUGCUCUCGCACGGCUCGAACCCCAGGCUGGCGGACGCCGACGGCAUGACCAGUCUGCACAAGGCCGCCGAGAAGGGUCACCUGGACAUCUGCUCCCUCCUGCUGCAGCACAGCCCAGCCCUGAAGGCUGUUCGGGACCGGAAGGCCCGGCUCGCCUGCGACCUGCUGCCUGGCAACAGUGACCUGCGGGACCUGCUGGCCAGCUGAGUCGCCGCCCCGUCUCAGACAGCGCCCGAGGACUCAGACUGGCUCUCCCAGCCCCCAUCUGGACAGCACCCGAGCCGCAGGGUGAGCGCCUGAGGCCAAAGGAGCCCGGCAGAGCCUCGUUCUGGCCCGGCAAAGCGAGGGGACUCAGAUUGCGGGGCGCCAGGGUGGCCGCCUGGACAGAUGAUUGUAUUCUAAAUUAGCUCAUGUGGGAACAUCUAUCCGUUUAGAAAAAAUAAAGUAAUAGCCUCACCUCAUCCCCUGCACAAAAAUAAAUUUGGAGUGAAGACCCAAAUCUGAAAAUAUAAAACUCCGUAAGCAUGAGAAGCAGCUUUGGAAUACGUGACACAUGAAAAGCUGCUUUCUAGCCAGGUGACCUUGGCACAAGUCACUGUCCCCACUGUGUCCCGCGUCCCCAUCUCUCGAGAGGAGUGACUGUGGUGGGGUCCGUGUGCGGAUGAGACAAGUGAAGAUCUGAGGAGCACUGGGGGGGUGCCCAGAGCCGUGCAGACAGCAUUUGAGCUCCCACCUCUCCAAAACCUGACCCACACCUGCAUCUAUACCAUAAUUUCAUUCAUGUUAACUGUCCGAGAGACAAGGUGCUAUUGCUUUAUGUUGCAUUCACUGCUGAUUGCUAGUGAGGUUGAAUGCCUGUCUUCUGUGACCUUGUUCAAAUUUAAAGUUUUUAAUUUUUAAAAUUUUUUUCUUUUUUCAUAGGAGUCGUUUAUGUACUUUGGAUAUUGAUCCUUUGUUUUGUGUAUAUAUCUAUAUGUAUCUUUUUCAUGCUGUCUCUUGACUUAUCUGUGUGUGUUGUUACCUGUUUAUGAAAAUUGGUACAGUGGAUGGCAGUUUGGCAAUAUCUACUAAAAUUUAAGUGAGCAAGACCAAUACUUCUAAUUUCUCUGUAGCUCCCUAGAGAAAUAUCCAUGGAUACAAGGUUAUUGUGCGUAUGUGUGUGUGAUCUUAGUUCCCUGACCCGGGAUGGAACCUGUGUACCCUGCAUUGGAAGCACCGAGUUUUAACCGCAAGUCCCCAAAGGUGUUUAUUUACAGAUGCAUUUACAAAGAUGUGCACUGGAGCAUGGGGUGAAAUGUUAAAGAAAGAAGAAAAAAAGCAGAGCUAACGCCAGCGCUCCCAACAGGGGGCAAGUAAGACUCCGGCCUUGGAGCCACAUGAGCAGAGAUGAGGGUCCAGCCCACCAAUGCAGCCUGUGCUGAUGGGGAAAGAGUGCUGAGUCGUGACCACAGUAGAGGGUAGAGCUACACAGGAACACACACACACUCACACACACUCAGGGGGAGUGUCAGGAGGAGGUGUGUGAAACUGCACCCACUGUCUCCCCAGGUGGGGGUCCUGAGCUUGAGUUGCUAUGUGUGGACUUACAAGAGGUAAUUUUUUUCUUCAAUAAAGUAAUACCAACAAUAAA